AUGUACUUCUCGCCCGCGCUGAUCCCAGCGUUACAGCUGAUCACGAGGGGCUCCUUGCUCGCGUCGCACAUCUCGACAACCUCGCUCAACAGCGAAAGCGCCCACUGCCACGGCCUGCCUUUCUCACACGCGCCGAUCCCAUCGUCGGGAUCCAAUCACCACCUCUGGAAGCCCGCGAAGCAGCGCCAAAACCCGCUGCCACUGCUCACCCUUCUCGCACGCGCUGAUCCCAGCGCUGUAGCUAUAACGUCGGGCUCAAACGUCGCCUCCCGCAUCUCGCUGAGCAAGCCAAUAAUAUACUGCCACUGCAUGUUUUUCUCGCACGCUCUGAUCCCAGCGUUGUAG